ACAACACAGAGAUAUGUUCUGUAUUAUAUAGGUACAUGAUUACAUAUAACCAAUUCAGUCUUCUCAGUGUCGUAAUCUUACAGCUUAAACAUGUUAAGUCUUAUUAAUUAUUUUUCUUCAGUUAAUGUUACAUUAUUUAUUUGUAUUACAACAUAAUGUGAUCAUUUUAUUGUUAAAUAUCUCGCGUUGUGCCGACUAAUGAAGACUUCUAUUAGGAUUCAUAAUUUUGAUCAUUUCAUAUAAAUUAUUGAACAAAAUAAAAAUGAUACUCUUUAGAUCUAUAUUGAUCUACGCCACAUGUUUUUCGUUUUUAAUGUUAUUCCUUUUACUCUACAUUCUUGGAGCCGCUCGUUAUAUUACGGAUUUUGAAGAAAAUACUUGCGAUAUGACAUAUAUGUUUGAAUAUCCACAGUAUGUGAGGAUAUCUUUGGAUAACGAAAUAGAGGAACGAUAUCCUAGAUAUGGAUUAUAUGUAUAUGGAGAGGGUUUUGUUACGGAAAAACAUAGAAGAAUGUAUUUUUCCGGAAUACCAGUUCUUUUUAUACCAGGAAAUGCUGGAUCUCAUGAGCAAGUAAGAUCUCUUGCUUCGGUGAGCUUAAGGAAAAGUUUAAAAGAUAGAACCCCUUUUCAUUUUGACUAUUUCACAGUUUCAUUGGGCAAGGAUUAUUCUGCUUUAUAUGGAGGUGUAUUAAUGGAAGAAACUUUAUAUGUUUCACAUUGUAUACAGAAAAUUUUAAGUUUAUACAAAAUUAGCGUGGAGAAUGUUAUACUUAUCGGACAUUCAAUGGGAGGUCUCGUUGCUAAAGGUUCUGUCUUAUUAACUUCUAAUGUAAAUGCCAGUGUGACAAAUAUUAUUAUCACUUUGGCUACUCCUCAUACACCUACGUUAGUCUUAGAUAGAACUUUAGCCAAUUAUUACUAUAAUUUAGAGAACCAAUUAAAUAAAAUUAAAGAUGCAGAAGUAAACAUUAUAUCGAUAGGUGGUGGACCACGAGAUAUACUUGUAACUACUACACAACAUAUAGAUACUACAGCAGAUAUUAAUGUUCUUUCAACCAAUAUACCAGAUGUCUGGAAAUCCACAGAUCAUUUAAGCAUUCUUUGGUGUAAACAAUUAGUUUUCACUGUUGUGCGUUCAUUAUUUGACUCUGUUAAUGUUUCUCAAAGACCACCUAGAAUUUCUUCCAAGCCUGAAGAGAGGAUGCAAGCUUUAUCAUAUCAUUUCCAUCAUCAUGCUGCUGGAAAAAGAUUAUAUUAUUAUAAAGAAACAGUACAGUUUGAACCUGGUGGUCAAUGGAUAGAAGAUAUUAGAACACAGUAUACAUGGAGCAACAAAAAUUUAUCAAAAAAAACAUCUACUGUUUACCUUAUGAUUAGACUAAACAGACAACCUGAUCAAUUAACUAUUGAUACUAUAAAUCUGGAAUCUAAAGAUUGGUUAUUUGCGUGUGCAGCGUCUAGCAUUCAAGGACAAUCAAGGGUUUGUACUUGGGGCUGGAAUUUAAGUAAUAGGACAAAACUUUUACCGGAUCUUUUAUAUCGUCAAAGAAAAACAGUCGACUUAAAUCUUAAAGAAAUAAAAUAUCCUGGAGUAACACACAUUGUAAUAAGAAUUACACCAGAUGAUUUAGACAAACAUGUUUUAGUAAAUGUUGAUUUACAUGAUUAUGAAACAAGACUGAUACCUUUUAAGGGCAGUAUACCUUUAUUAAAAACUUUAUUCAUAAGAUCCCAAGCUAAAAGAUCUGAUAUCGGACAUGUACGAUACUAUGUUACUAUUGACAACAAUAUAAAUGUUAUAACAAUUGAACUUAAAACUUCUGAAUGUACAGAUCCAAAACAUAAUGCAAUCGUUGAAUUACGCGAGCCUGGUAGUAUUGGUGUCACGCAAAUUCAAUUUUUUACAGUUGUUGAUAACGGGCCGAAAACGAUGAAAAUGCAAACCAGAUAUAAAUAUUCUAAUGAUUCUCCGUAUUUGAAAUUAACUUUAGAUCCAGCGUGUUCUUAUACAAUCGAUAUUCAAGAAGGCAGUAUUAUAGAUAAAAUUUCCUGUAUUGUCAGGGAUCGCUGGUACCUUCUGUAUACAACGAUUAUCAGUUUACUUUUAAUAUUUCUAUCAAUAAGAAUUAAUCACGGCCGUGAACGACUUCCAACUAUAGUAAUUACAAUACUUCUUUCGUAUUAUUAUGAUCUAAUCUUCGAAUGCCUCAUUGCUUUGGCAAUUCUUUGUGUAAUCACCAUUGGAUUGUGUUGUUCCAUUAUAUUUUUGGGUUCAGUGGCACAUGGUAUUGCUGUGAGAUUCUUAGCACGUGCAAUCGCCUUUUCAACAACAUGGUCAGAUUGGAUACUCGGUGGAUUGAAUCAGUUGCCAUUUAUUACAACGAUUUUUGUUUUAUCGAUAAUUCCUGCGACUUGCGGAGCUUUAGCUAUGAUAAUUUCGGUAUUUUUGUAUUUUUUAAAUUUGACAAGAAUGUAUGAGGAUUAUUUAGAAGAACUUUUAAUGGCUUCUCUGCAACAUUUUAAUUGGAUUAAACGAUCAAAAGAUACGAAAAACAAUUCUACAGAACACGAAGACAUUAGACAGAAAAUAUUCAAUCAUCUUAUUCUUUUCUUGCUUUGGUGUUUCACUGCUAUUCCAGCUAUGCCAUCUGUUCUAGUUUGGGCAAAAAAUUUCAGUUAUGACAUAAGGUUAUCUACUGAAGAUCCCCUGCUAUAUCAUAGCUGGACAAUCUUAGUAGCAUGUAGUACAUUAGGCUGGUUACAAAUUCCUCCUAAAUAUCAAGGUAUUCGAUCACAAGCAUUAGCCAGUGUAUUAUAUUUUGUAGGCUGGAUCAUACUUCUAAUAGGAGCAGCAGAUCGUCCACAAUUUUAUCAAUAUUAUAUGCCACCCAUAGUUGCUGGAGUUACUAGUCUUAUUACAUUAAACUUUAUUACUUCUUAAAAAUUUCUCUAAUACAUAAAUUCUGUUUAUAUAUAAAAUUUCAUUGUUUAAACAUUGAAUAUCAUAUAUACAAAGAUUUCUAAUACAAAUGAAUAAUUGACAGAAUAUCUUACAGAUUACUGUUCACUUACCAUAAAUUAUUUUCUAAAGAACAAUUGUGUAAGAAAACAAGAAUGUGUAUAUGUCACAAAAUAAGUUACUUUAUUUAUCAAUUAUGGGAAAAAGAGAUAUACAAUUGUAAUAUACAUGAUCUGAUCUAUAUUACCUAAAAACCCAUUUACGGGUGCUGUGCUGGUUUUUUACAAGUAAUACACAAACAGUUUAGAAAACUUUUAAAGUAAUAAAUUUUGUUUCUACAUAAUACAUUUAUAAUUUUUUAACAAAUUAUACAACAAUAAUGACUUGGAUAUAUUCAAUUAAAGUAAAAAAGAACAUUUCAUCAUGAAAACACGGCAGUAAUCUAAGUAUACAUUUUAACUUUCCAUUGGACGCAACUGUCCAGAUUGAUACACAUCAAACAAUUUUAUUUCACAUUUUGAAGCGAAACGUAUUUGUUGCUGCCGCUCUUAUACAGGCUGUCGCAAAAAAAUGUUACUACACUUCAUUAGCUGGUAAAACGCUGAAUUUUAUGUAUACCUCCCCCCCAACACAGUUCGUUAUAAACAUCGAAAGCAAAUUGUACAAUAUUUAAUAUACACUUUAUAAACAAUCAAAGUGUGAUAACAUUGUUUUGUGACACCCUGUAUAUUAAUAAUUACAGUUACAACUAAUCAAAUUUAAGAUAUUUUGAAGAAUUUAAGAUCUUUAAUAACAGGAAAAUACUGUCAAUUGUUAUCUUAUUAUUAUUAUUAUUAUCAUUGUACCCCAUUUAUACUCUGCAAUCAUUCUGAUAUAUUGUGUCCAAUGAUGUCAAUGUCUAUAUUGCGCCCAACAAAAGGUUAAUAAUAUAAUGCCCACUCAUUUUCCUGUAGGAACGUAUCUACUACUUCUUUCAUUGCUAAGUUUGGGAUUAACUGAUCUUGAGUUAAACGAACUCUAGUAACUGGAUCAAAAUGUCCCACCCUUUGCAAAUGUUCUUCUAUAUCUUUUCUCUCGUAUGUAAUUCCACUUGGUGUAAUUACUGGUUCUUGCAAAAUUUCAAAACUAAUUUUUCCACAUAAGUAGUCAGGUACUUCCCUCUUCUACUCGAUAUGUUCAUAAAACCAUGAAUGGACAAUUAUUAUUUGUUAUACAUAUAUAAUUAAAAAAUAUAAUAAAGAAAAAACUCACCCUUCUUCGUUCGUCCACUUUUUCAAAUAAAUCAUUAAGUCGAGCCAUACACGUAUCUCUUUUUUCUUCUACUUCUUCUUUUUUUCUUGUAAAUGUAUCAGAUGCAGCUUCUCCUUCAGUUUUUCCAUUUGUUUCUAUUGUCGCUUCUUGUUCUUUUAAAGCAGCUAUGCUUCGUUCAGCAUCUUCUACUAUCAACUGAUUUAAAUAUGAUUGUAACUCAAUGUCUUGUGCUAUCCUUUGCUCUUCCCUUAACUGGAAACAACGUUUUCUUGCUUGUCUUAGAAUACUGGUCAUCUCAUCCCCAUAGUUUAAUUUUUGUUCCUUCGCCAAAUCCACAGCUAAACAAUUAUUAUU